GCAACCAACUCGAUCGCCGCCUCGCCCUCCCCCUCCCGGCAUUUGAAUGUGAGAAAGAGAGGGAAACCGCCCACCCAGGCAGCCCAAGCCGGCGAGUAUCUGUAUCCCCAACUAUCCGCCGCCGCCGCCGCGCCGGCCAUGCCGAGGUCCUCCUCCGGGUCCGGCUCCAGGCCGAUCCUGGGCCGGGCGAUGGCCACCAUCCUGGCGCUGCCGCUGACCCCGAUCUCCAAGGCCAAGUGCGGCCUGCUCCUCUUCAAGAAGCGCGCGUCCGCCGCCGCCGCCAGGCGCCGCUGCUACAAGCCGUUCCGCCACUACAACUACGCGUACGUGGGCGAGUACCAGUUCUCGCCCUCCCGCUCCCCGCUCCUCCCGGGCCCGCCCCCCGGCGUCACGGCCUGGCGGAGGGCCGCCGCCAAGCGGCGCCGGGGCAGGGCCAGGAUGAUCCUCGCGUCCCUCUUCUGCGGCGCCGACGAGGUCGACGUCGCCGUUCUGGACGGACUGGCGCGCCGGGCCGGCGCCGGCGAGGACGCGCACUCGGACAGGGCGCAGCUCGUGCUCGCCCCGGCUCUGGAGUGGGGGCGCGACGACGGCGACGACGCCUACGCCUGCGACGAGGAGGAGGAGGAGGAGGUGGAGCAGGAGCAGGAGGUAGUCGACUACGGGGAGGAGGGGGACGACGAGGAGGUCGACGGCCGCGCCGAGCGCUUCAUCCAGCGGUUCUACGCCGAGAUGAGGCUGCAGAGGCAGAGGUCUCUGGUCCAGCGCCUGCUCUAGACGACCCCCUCGUUCCGUCGGCUGCCGCUGCCUUGCUCUGGUUCCUUCUCCGUCGGGCAGAAUCAAUCAAUUGAUCGCCGCUGCUAUCUUAGCUGCAGUUCGGUUAAUCUCCUCGUGUCCUGCACCUUUGUUGUCUGAGUUGUCUGUUGGGGGAGAGAUUCUUCUCCCCUGCUGUAGCUCUCUACUCUUUUCCUGUAAUCCAUGUGUUUCAAUUUUCGUUUCUGUAGUGUUUUGAGUUUGUAUACAAUUACAAAUCAUCCGUGCUAGCAUCUGUUUUGGUUCGCACAAAUGUUAAUUUCUGCUUCAAAUU